UUAGGUGGGUCCCCAGCAACGAGGGGCAGAGGGACAGGUUCCCGUGAGCUGCAGGAGAGUCCUGAGCUGUCAACCAGGAAAGUGGGGAUUUCUUUCAGCCCUGGGCUGCAUGGAGGUCAGCUCGGUUCACUGUGCUGACCAGAGGACCUGGGAUGGACGCGGAUUCCAGGGCGUACGCGUGCAGAUCCCGUCACGUCCGGAAGCCUCGCGGUAUUGCAACUCUCCCCGCCCCCCUCGCUUCCUCCUCCUGCGCAGUAGCGGGAGCGCGCAGGAAAGGGGCGGGAAGAACGGAAGCCGGGAAGGCGUUUGGCUGCUCGCGCGAAGGGAGCAGACGCGCAUGCGCGCUGCACAGAGCUUUCGGGCUCGGCGAGUUGGCGUCUUGCCCUUGGGAGUCCCAUUUUCCUGCUCUUUCCCGGAACCAGGGUGCGGGUCUGCGGCGUCUCCUUCAGAGGGCCAGCGAGCCCGUGCACCGUGGGACGGAGACGGACACACGUCGCAUGGCUGAAAACCGUGAGCCCCGCGGGGCCGUGGAGGCCGAGCUAGACCCGGUGGAGUACACCCUGCGGAAACGGCUUCCCCAUCGCCUGCCCCGGAGGCCUAAUGACAUUUACGUCAACAUGAAGACUGAUUUUAAGGCCCAGCUAGCCCGCUGCCAGAAGCUGCUGGACGGUGGCGCGAAGGGACAGAAUGCAUGCACGGAGAUCUACAUUCAUGGCUUGGGCCUGGCCAUCAACCGCGCCAUCAACAUCGCCCUGCAGUUGCAAGCAGGCAGCUUUGGGUCUUUACAGGUGGCUGCCAACACUUCCACCGUGGAGCUCGUAGAUGAGCUGGAGCCAGAGACUGACACGAGAGAGCCGCUGACCAGGAUCCGUAACAACUCCGCCAUCCACAUCCGGGUGUUCAGGGUCACGCCCAAGUGAUGGAAAUGAAACUGACGCCCGUUCACAGCCCUCAGCUAGACCCAGUUGUGGCCGAUGUGGGUCUGCCUCUGUGUGGCCCAAGCUUGCUGAGUUUUUUCAUGGACCUUUUGUCAGAGCUGCAUUUAAACAGAAAAAUAAAUAAAUAAAUGAGACCUCUUACCCCCGCUCAAAGGACUGUGGAGACCUGGAAGGUAUUGUAUUUUGUUGGGCCCAAGAGGAGAGCCCUUCUUUUCCUGUACAAUAAAAAAAAUACCAAGUUGUGUUGGGUGCCCUG